UGCAAUAACAAAACAAUGUAAAAACCAAAACAUCUCAAAUUAUCGGAAGUUAAAUUCAUAUUUUGUAAGCACCGUGAGAUUAGUUUCCUAGUUUUCAAAUCCUGCAAUAAUGAGCACACUACGACGGGAGGCGUUGAUGUGGUUCAAAACUCUUCAGCGCACCAAGGACAAAGUGUUUGCCGGCGAUCGAACAACCAUUGAGGCUGCACGGCAAAGAAUCCGAGACGAAUUUUUGAAAAAUAAAGAUCUAUCCGACGAGAAAGAUAUCAAAGAGAAAAUUAAUAUAGCUAAAGACGUAGAUAUCGAACUUCGUAGCUCCGUAGUACAAGCCGUUCAAAUCGAGAAAAAUGUCUACCACGCCAUAAUCACUGACGAUACGAAGAAACUGGACAAUGUCAUGUUUGAUCCAAAUGCAGAACUACCACCUCCAAGAAGUAAAAAAUGCGGAGAUAGAAAAAGUAAAACGUAGUUAAAACAUAAAAUAAUUUGAAGUGUAAAUAAAUCCUAGUCAUUUAAA